AAUGGAGCAUCAUUGCCACGCAGAGACUUGCUCUCUUACUCUAGGCCAAGCUGAGUAGCUGACUCCAGAUCCUUCAGUGCUGCUGCCAUGGCUACUUCCUUUAUGCAGAGCGGCUCUUCUAGCUAUGGUGGUGGUUUCGGGAGUGGGGGUGGUGGCUCCUCUCGUGUUUCUUCAGUCCGAAUGGGAGGAUCCUAUAGAACCCCAAGUAUGCACGGAGGAUCUGGUGGCAGGGGUGUUUCUAUCUCUUCCAGCAAGUUUGUCUCCUCCGGGUUAGGAAGUGCAUAUGGUGGUGGUUUGGGAAGUAGCUAUGGGGCUGGAUAUGGUUCUGGCAUGGGUGGGGGCAGUAGCUUUUAUUCCGGCUAUGGAGGAGAUGGUAGUGGUGGCUUUGGAGGAGGUGCUGGUGGCGGCUUUGGAGGAGGUGCUGGUGGUGGCUUUGGUGGUGGUUUUGACUUCUGUGGUGUCCUGGGUGGCGGUGGUGGUGAUGGAGGCUUGCUAUCCGGAAACGAAAAGAUAACUAUGCAGAACCUGAACGAUCGUCUGGCUUCCUAUCUGGACAAGGUGCGAGCUCUGGAGCAAGCAAAUACCGAUCUAGAGAUCAAAAUCCGAGACUGGUAUCAGAAGCAAGGUCCCACUAGUCCAGAUCGUGACUACAGUCCUUAUUACAAGAUAAUUGAGGAACUCCGAGACAAGAUCCUUGCAGCUACUAUUGACAAUUCCAGAGUCAUUUUGGAGAUUGACAAUGCUAGGCUGGCUGCAGAUGAUUUCAGACUGAAAUAUGAGAACGAGUUGUUCCUUCGCCAGAGUGUGGAGGCUGACAUCAAUGGCCUGCGUAGGGUCCUGGACGAGCUGACCCUGGCCAGAGCCGACCUGGAGAUGCAGAUUGAAAGCCUGAAAGAAGAGCUGGCUUACCUCAAGAAGAACCACGAGGAGGAAAUGAAAGAAUACAGCAAUCAAGUGGGUGGAAAAGUCAGCGUAGAGAUGGAUGCUGCUCCUGGCGUCGAUCUCUCCAGUAUCCUGGCUGAGAUGAGAGAGCAAUAUGAAACACUGGCUGACAAGAACCGUCGAGAUGCUGAGGCCUGGUUCUAUAAACAGACUGAAGAGCUGAACCGUGAAGUAGCUACCAAUACUGAACAGCUACAGACCGGCAAGAGCGAGAUCACAGAACUGAGACGCACCUUGCAAGGCCUAGAGAUAGAGCUCCAAUCCCAGCUCAGCAUGAAAGCUGGGUUGGAAGCCAACUUGGCAGAAACAGAAGGAAGAUACUGCGCACAGCUAGCACAACUCCAGGGCAUGAUUACCAGCAUUGAGGAGCAAUUGGCUGAGCUUAGAUGCGACAUGGAGCGGCAGAACCAAGAAUACAGGAUGCUCCUGGACAUCAAAACCAGAUUAGAACAGGAGAUUGCCACUUACCGCAGGCUGUUGGAAGGCCAAGAUUCCCAGAUGUCGGGAUGGAGCAGCAAGGAUGCAUCCCUUACCACCAGCAGCAGCAGCAGCUCCAGUAGAGUUCGCAUCAGUGUGGAAGAUUCAGUAGAUGGAAAAGUAGUUUCUACCCAGGAAAGAAAAUACUGAAUCCCCUCACCCACCUGAGACCACCUGUAUUGUACCAGUUCUGAAGACAGCACGCAUCUGAGAGGAGAAUCAUGAAACACCAGCCAACAUAGUAUCGAUGAAUCUACUCAGUAUGCAUAGUAGAAAAUGCUAAUGGAAAUGUUAAUUAUGUAGUCACAGCAGUGUAAUCCAAUAGAACACAACAGCUUGGUGUCUUUCUGACAAUUUCCUCUGUCUUUUACACUGUGUAUUCUUAAAGUCUAGGGUGAAGGGCUUCUUUUACUGCAUACCAGCAGCUCUAGUAUAUUGUAUCAGUCUGGAUAAUAAAUUUUUCUUCUGGCUUGAAAUAAA